AAAACCCGUAUUCUUCUUCUCCUCUUUUGGUCUCACUCUAUCUUCUGAUAUCAUGUUGUCGUUUUCUUAUAUAGUUGUACAUAUACAUAAUACAUUGCUGAAAAAUUUAAUAUUGGACCAAUAAAAUUAGACUCAUAAUUCUCUUUAUAUUAAUUGCCUCUCUGUUUCUCUAACCACUCAGUUUCUUUCACUCUCUCUCUCUCCCUUUCUCUUACGAAUAAAUAAAUACCCACUAUAUCUUCGUCAAUUAGUCUCACCAAAAAAAGGAAAAAAAGCAGAAAAGAAAUGGAGGUCUCAUCUGUUUUUUCACUAUGUGCUAAAUUACUGGGCAUAGUCAUAACUGUGACAUGGAUUUUGAGAGCUGUGAACUGGGUAUGGUUGAGGCCUAAAAGGCUUGAAAAGUGCCUUAGAAAACAAGGUCUUAAGGGCACCCCUUACAGGUUUCUGUUUGGAGACUUGAGAGAGAGCUUUAAGAUGAUCAAAGAGGCAAGGUCCAAACCCAUCAAUCUCUCAGACGACGUCGUUCCACGGAUUUUCCCUUUUGUCCUUGACACAGUCAACAAUUAUGGCAAAGAUUCAUUUAUGUGGAUUGGACCAACACCAAGAGUACACAUCACAAACCCAGAAAACAUAAAAGACGUUUUCAUGAAGAUAGGUGAUUUUCCCAAACCACAUUCUAAUCCACUCGUAGAGUUGCUUGCAAAGGGUCUAGCAAGUUAUGAUGGCCACAAAUGGGCCAAACAUAGAAAGAUUAUCAAUCCAGCUUUCCAUAUGGAGAAGAUAAAGCAUAUGGUUCCAGCAUUCUAUGUAAGCUGCAAUGAAAUGUUAACGAAAUGGGAGCAAUUAAUGGUGAAGCAGAAUGGAAGUGAUAAAGAAUGUGGUGAGAUAGAUGUGUGGCCUUACCUUCAAAAUAUGACUGGAGACGUCAUUUCUCGAACUGCUUUCGGGAGUAGCUAUGAAGAAGCUAAGAACCUUUUCGAGCUCCAAAAAGAACAAGCUGAACUUGCUAUUAAAGCUAUACAAAAUGUCUAUAUUCCCGGAUGGAGAUUUGUGCCAACUAAGUUGAACAGGAGGAUGCAACAAAUUGACUGUCAAGUGCAAACUCUUUUAAAGGAAUUGAUCAAUAAAAGAGAGAAGGCAAUGAAAGCCGGAGAAGCUCCCAACGAUGACUUGUUAGGCAUACUAAUGGAGUCCAAUUUCAAAGAAAUUAAAGAACAUGGGAACAACAAGAAUGUUGGAAUGAGUAUUAAAGAUGUAAUUGAGGAAUGUAAGUUGUUUUACUUUGCUGGCCAAGAGACCACCUCUGUCUUACUCAAUUGGACAAUGAUCAUGUUAAGUAGGUUUCCUCAUUGGCAAGCUCGCGCUAGAGAUGAGGUUUUGCAAGUCUUUGGUGAUAAUAGUCCGGAUUUUGAUGGCCUAGCACACCUCAAAGUUGUUACUAUGAUUUUGUACGAAGUUUUAAGGCUUUAUCCGCCUGUAAUUUUGCUGGUUCGAAGAGUGCACAAGCAGACACAACUUGGGAGUUUGACAUUACCAGCAGGAGUACAAGUGUCAUUACCAACUAUCCUUGUUCACUAUGAUACUGAGUUAUGGGGAGAAGAUGCCAAGGAGUUCAAGCCAGAGAGGUUUGCAGAAGGAGUUUCCAAGGCCACCAAGGGCCAAGUGUCAUUUUUUCCCUUUGCCUGGGGGCCUCGGAUUUGCGUAGGUCAAAAUUUUGCCUUGAAUGAAGCCAAAAUGGCCAUGGCCUUGAUUCUACAACGCUUCACUUUUGAGCUUUCACCCUCCUAUGCUCAUGCUCCUGCAACUGUUAUUACUCUUCAGCCACAAUAUGGUGCUCACUUAAUUAUACAUAAACGUAAUUAAUAUUGUAGUACUCGUAUAAAUAUAUAUUUUUAUGAAGGAAGUUUCAAUGGUUACUGUAA